AUGUCAGGAAAACACGACAAGACUACCGACGAGCUGCCCAACGCAGUCGAGGUUGAACUCCUCACUGUAGACGAGGCUGAGAAUUAUCAAGGUCUUACAUUGAAAUGUGUCAUUGUAUAUCUGUCUAUUCUUCUUGCUUGUCUUGCACAAGUCCUUGCGAUUGUUGCAACUGGUGCGUUCUCCAGAAAUAUGGCAAAUGUUUUGGGUGGACAUGACAAGUACAUCUGGGUACCCCAAGGCCUGAUUAUCUGUGUCACAUUCACGGCUGCUCCGAUUGCGCAGUCCUCGGAUUUUUGGGGCCGCAGAAUGCCUAUCCUUAUCUGCACCGCUCUCUGUAUCGUUGGAUCCAUUUUGAUCAGCCGGGCUUCGUCUAUGACUAUGGCCAUCGCUGGAUCCUUGAUCGUUGGGGUGGGAUCGGGAUCGACCUCACUGCUCUAUGCGGUUGCGUCAGAGAUCAUGCCACGACAGUAUCGACCAGCUGCCCAAGCUGGCGUGAAUAUAUCAAACUCAAUUGGUGGUUUAUUUACACUGCUACUAGGCUUCGGCCUCAUCAAGAAAGACGAUGAAGGCUUUCGAAUCGUCUGGUAUGUUGGCGCAGGCUUGUUCAUCGUCAGCUUUCUCGCCAUUCUCUUCCUUUUCAACCCGCCUAAAAGACGAUUGGAGGUAUCCCUUACUUGGAAAGAGAAGGUCAGUGCUCUUGAUUGGAUUGGUUAUAUCCUGUUCUCUAUCGGAAUGAUCAUGUUCAGCGUAGGAUUGACCUGGGCGAAUAACCCCUACUCUUGGAAGAGCGCUCAGGUCCUGAGCACUUUUAUCGUCGGUUUGGUGUUUAUCACUUUCACAGCCAUCUGGGAGAUCAAGAAAAAGGACGGAUUUUGUCACCAUGGUCUCUUUCGAACAGGCCGCAACUUCCCGCUUGCCCUGGUCUUCAUCUUCGUUGAAGGAUUCGCAUUUUAUGCCGCCAAUAACUUUCUGCCACUUGUAUACUCCAUCUACUUUGACAGCGACCUUUUCAAGGUUGGCGUUCUGAUGUCGAUCAUCUUCAUCGCUGGUACUGUAGCGUCGAUAGUUGGCGGCAUUUAUUCUACACAGUCAAAGAGAGUUCGGCCGCCUUUAACACUUGGGAUGGUGCUGUUUGUGGCUUAUUUUGCUUGCAUGGCUACUCUCAAGCCCAGUCAGUCAGACGCAAUCUGGGGCUAUACGGUCUUGGCGGGUCUUGGUCUUGGGUUUGGCCUUGUUAUUGCCGUUACGACUGGUCAAAUAAGCACACCGCCCGGCUUGAUUGCUACUACCAGCGGUUUGAUCUUGACUUCAAGAUCUCUAGGGGGUUCGGUGGCCCUUCCCGUCUACACAGCCAUUCUCAAUUCCAUCUUGACAGAGCACCUUGCCAAUGAGAUAGCCCAAAGAGUUCUCCCUCUUGGUCUAUCAGCCGAAGACCUGCCAGAAUUUAUUAGUGCCCUUGCCAAUAACGAUCAAAAGACGCUGGCGAGUAUUCUAGGCAUUACUCCUGAGAUCAUCUCCGCGGGAGUAGUCGGUUUAAGGUCGGCCUAUUACAUGGCUUUCCGCGGUACCUGGAGUACGGCCGCAGCAGUGUCAGCCCUUGGAUUGAUCCUCGCUCUUUUUGUCAAGGAUCCCCGCAGCAGCUUCAACAUGCACGUGGAUGCUCCAGUUGAAGAUGAAUUAGCACAAACCCUCGACGGCAAGGAGAUUGGUGAGGCGCUUGGGGCGCAGAAUAACGAUAAUGGAGACCUUGACAAGAUUACGCCACAUAAGAUUUGA